AUGCGCCUCCACCCAAACUCCCCUAGGUUCCGCCAGCUGCUCGACCUGGCGUCGUUCUACCUGGACUUCCCCAUUGACGACCACACGGGGGAGCCCCUGAAGGAGGACGACGUGCUGGGGCGGCACUAUGAGAAGGUGACCCAGCUGCAGCGGCUGUUCUUCCGCCACUGGCCGCAGCUCAAGGACCUGGCCCUCUCAAACUGCGCCGCCGUGGACAAGCGCGACGCCCUCAGGCGCGAGCUGGGCGCGCUCGCGGACGACGAGCUGGCGCGGCUCGUGUGCCGGCAGCUGCGGCUCGCAUCUGAGUCGGACCCCUGGGCGGCGCGGCGCGAGUUCCUGGAGGAGGUGGUGGUGUCGGCCUACGAGCGGCGGCGCGGGCAGCGGGCGGCGAUCAAUGCGAUGCCGCUGUACCCCUCAGAGGCGGUGCUGUGGGACGAGGCGCAGUGUGGUCUGCUGGGAUGGGGUGGAUCGGUGGACGGGGUCUCGCCUGUUUCGCAUGUGGGCAUGCGUGUGUAG